UUUUUUGUUCAAAUUAAUAUUUUCACUAAUUGAUGUAAUAUUUAAUCACUUUUUUUUGAAUUGUAUAUGUUCUUAAUCUUAAAAUAAAAAAAACGAGGCCUAAAUCUCAUUAAAAAUGUUUCUCAUUUUCCUGCCUACUUCUCGUAGUAUUACACAUCUCACCCUAAAGGAAAAAAGAAAAAAAGAAAGAAAAAAUAGAAAGUGAGAAAAGAGCUCCGCCGCUAGGGCAAAGAAGCAAACUGGAGUUUCAUCUCUCAUCGUUGAUUCGCUGAGGCAUAGCCCAUUUUGAAUAGGAGAGAACGUAACAGGGGACAGACAGUUUUGGAGCAGAUUAUCUUAAAAUGGCGAACGCUCUUGUAAACAGAGCAGCUACGGUGAAUCAGGCCACAAGCUACUUUAGGCUCUCUUCCAGUUUCCUCAGAAAUCUGAGCACUGCGACCCCUGCUAACAAUCCUUCAACGACGUCGUCGGCCGAUGGACCGAAGAAGCCCAAACGAAAGAAAAAGAAGAAUCUUUUUGAGGUGGCUCAGUUUCUGCCUAAUUGGGGUAUUGGUUAUCACAUGGCCAAGACUCAUUGGACCGGUGUCUCCUAUGAAAUUACAAAAAUCAAUCUUUAUAAGGAUGGUAGACAUGGUAAGGCUUGGGGACUUGCUUAUAAAGAUGGUUUACCAAUUGCUGACGCACCCAAGAAAAUGAGUGGUGUACAUAAGAGGUGUUGGAAGUACGUUGCAAAUUUCAAGAAAGCUGAAGGAAGUCUUGAUCAAAUAAAGAAAGCUGAAGAAAGUACCCCAAAUUCAGAUGUUGAAGCUGCUUGAGGCAGUUUCCUUGAUCUCAUUAACUGCUUUAGCAUUGGAAUCUUCAAGGUCAUUGCAGCUUCUUUUUGUUUGUGGUGGCAUCGUGUUAAUGAAGUAGCAUUCAGUGAGCUUCAGUCUGUUGCCUUCUAUCAUGAAGUUAUAGCACCUAGUUUGCCUUAUUUUAGAAAGAACCGAUGGAAAUGUGGACUCAUUUCAGAAACUAGCUCUUUUUAGUUUUUAAUAAUAGAUAUUUUUAUUUGCUGCAGUUGCACCCUAA